UGACAGAGAGUCAGAGAAGAAAACAAAUUCAGACAGUGUGUGUGACUUACCCUUUAGUCAGUAAGCUGUGUGUGUGUAACUAUAAAGUGAAAGUGAAACUAAUGGUGCAUAACUGAGCCAUAUUGUGAAAGCCACAUAGGGUGUAGCACAGGCUGAGAGCAGGGAGAGGACUCCGGAGCUGCAGCCGGAUGGGAUUCUGGUCAUCAAAUACCGUCGGGUAAAAUGAGGAAUCAAUUUUUAUAAAACCGAGCUGCUUUCUGACUGUGCCGGGAGUGUUUAUCUGAACAGCACAAUGGAAGUGGGUGGGGGACCGUCUUCUGCUAACCAGGCAGAACCCACACAAGUAUCUGUAUGUUUUAUAGAUGAGAAACUGUCACCGGAAGAGACUUUCCAGAAUCUUCUGAUGGAAAUCUGGCAGAAUGCCUCACAGGGGUACAACUCUUGUAUUGUUGCCUUUGGACAAACAGGAUCAGGGAAACCUUUCUCAUUGCUGGAGAUCCAAGAACAGCCAAGUCUGCUCUCAUUCUUCUGCUCUGGUUUGUUUAGCGGGGAGCACUAUGGAUUAAAGGUCUUAAGGGUUAGUGUCUCUUUUGUGGAACUAUAUAAUGAAGAAAUGAGGGAUCUUUUAGCACCCAAUGGGGUGCAGAGAUCUGUUAAGGUGUGUACAUAUGAUCCAUCAGGACCUUAUGCUAAGGGAUUGUCCCACCAUAGUGUCAGUAUAUAUGAGGAGAUUAAGCAAAUGCUAACAGCAGGAAAUAAGUGUAGGACUGGGACUACCAGUGCCAACCCUACUAUAGCUGGGCAAGCCAGCCAGCCAUGGGCUGUAUUUACACUAACAAUAACUUAUACUAAUGGGUCAGGUGCUUCUAGUGAGCUUUGCAGCAAGAUCAGCUUUGUGGAUCUAGAAGGUUGUGAGAGAACAUCUGUGGCUGGACAUGGGCAUUCAAGCAUAGAAGACCCAAAAAUGGACAUAAAUCCAUCAAAACCACCAAGGGCAAUAACAUAUAAUUGUGUGGAUCGGAGAGACACUUUGCUUUCUUGGCUUCUCAACCAGUUCCUGGGAGGAAACACAAAAACAACAAUAGUAGCCAUGACUGACCCACAUGCAGAUAAGUACCAGGACACUCUCACUAGUCUGUCCGCUGCCCUUGGGGACAAGUGUAUAGUUACCCAGGUGCUGAGGCCUGAUGAUUCUGGACACACAGAUACAGUUGGGCAACAGGAUGAAUUAAGGAAACAGACAGAGAGUUUAAGUUUAGCUGAAUACAACAAGGAACUGACGUCAAGCAAAACUUCCGAACCAGAGGAAUCUGGGGACCCUGCGAAUGGUGCUUCUCUAAUCCCUAACCAGUCAUUGGUUAUACAUAGAGGGACUAAUGAAAACCCAGAGCUUGGCAAUAACACAGGUGAGUUGGCCCCUCAGGACACAGCUGUAACCAGUAGUGGAUCAGACCCACCAAACCAGGGAACCACUGGAAACCAUGUUGUCGACUCUGCUGUGGGUUACACUGAAGCCCCAGAAGACAAAGUGAUAGUAAUAUUCUGGUAUAAACCCCCUGAUUCAAAGUUUCUGGAAGCAAAGGUUAAGGAACGCUGGUCAUUCCCAAUCAAGGGUAUGUCAUACAUUCCACUUUAUUGCACCACUGAGGAUGAAUGGAAAUCUAAAGCAAGGACCGCCACUUAUAUCAUACUCUAUCAUUCUAUGGAAUCAGAAAAAUACAUAGCAGAGGGGGAAUCCUGCCUGAUAUUCUGUAUGGAAACCCACAGCCCCUCCAAUAUAAUGGUGAUUGUAACGAAGCUGGAAGACUCGCUAUCAGUAAAACAGAUGAGAGGUAACUGGGAUCAGAGCCCAUAUAAAGCCUGCAGCCUGCUGCUCUGCACAAAGCAAGAAGGAAAUAUGUUCAGAAGUACAAAUGAAGAAUGUAGGAAUAUUAAAGGAGAAAAAAAAGCAGCAGUGCCGGAACUGGAUUGUGUCCAACCUACAGGUACAAGACCCCAUAGAAUCGGAAUCUUUUCCAGAUCAGCAGAGAGUGAUUUCCAGUGGCUGCUAACAGAAUUCAGAGAUCUGGGUCAUGAAGUUCAACCCUAUUACAUCUCUAACAAUGGACGUAGGCAGUUCUGGGAAGAUGUCUCUCAGUGCACGGUCGGGUUCCUGUAUCACACUAUGAGGAGAGGGAGGCUGAAUAUCACCGAUGUGACUGACUCUCUCUAUGAUGAAGAACUGCAAUAUAUGGCUAAAGAACUGGGGAAGGAGAAUGUGUUUGUGGUUGCUGAUGACCUGGGGGACAGUGGGGAGGCAGAGAAAAGCAGAAUCCUGGAGCAACAGCGCAGAAUUGGGGAAUACGCCUGCGAGCUGGUGCUCAUCUCACAAGCAGAUAAGGGAAACCAUGACCUGCUGAGGGGAAAACUGGAGAGCAUCAAACAAAGAAUAAAGAAAGCAACAAAACGCAAAAUUUACAGUGACGACAACAAGAUCAAGAAAAAGAAAAGUGACCCAGAGCCUGAACAUCAACAACAUAAAGCAAUGAAAGAUUGGAGCUCUGCUCCACAAGGUACGAGGAAAUUGGAACCAGAAAAAAAACUGCAAACAAUGAUUUUUAGGAAACCCCAUAAAAUUGGGAUUUUCUCCAGAUCGGCAGAAAGUGAUUACGAUUGGUUACAGAGGUCCCUCUAUUCAGAGUUUAGGGACUUGGUGACAGAAGUCAGACACUAUUACAUCUCUAAGAACGGGCGGCUGCAGUUCCAGGACAAUGUCUCUCAGUGCACAUUCGGGAUCCUGUAUCACACUAUGAGGAGAGGGAGGCUGAAUAUCACUGAUGUGACUGACGGUCUGUAUGAUGAGGAGUUGAAAUAUAUUGCUGGUGUUCUAGGUAUGUAUCAUGUGACUGUAUUCGUCAGGCACAUAAGUGCCCCAUGGAUCCUAACUUGUACAUCAUUCAGACACACAAGCAAAAAUUGCCCCACAUUCCAAAAUAACAAACAGCCACUGCACCGACAAACAGCAGACAUGUGCUUAUCAAGUGUCUGCAAUCACAGACUCCAUUACUGCUCUGCCUCCCCUCACUGCUCUGCCUCCCCUCACCGCUCUGCCUUUCCCUCACCGCUCUGCCUUUCCCUCACCGCUCUGCCUUUCCCUCACCGCUCUGCCUUUGCCUCACCGCUCUGCCUUUCCCUCACCGCUCUGCCUUUCCCUCACCGCUCUGCCUUUCCCUCACCGCUCUGCCUUUCCCUCACCGCUCUGCCUUUGCCUCACCGCUCUGCCUUUGCCCCACCGCUCUGUCUUUCCCUCACCGCUCUGCCUUUCCCUCACCGCUCUGCCUUUCCCUCACCGCUCUGCCUUUCCCUCACCGCUCUGCCUUUCCCCCCACCGCUCUGCCUUUCCCCCACCGCUCUGCCUUUCCCCCACCGCUCUGCCUUUCCCCCACCGCUCUGCCUUUCCCUCACCGUUCUGCCUCCCCUCACCGCUCUGCCUCCCCUCACCGCUCUGCCUUUCCCUCACCCCUCUGCCUUUCCCUCACCGCUCUGCCUUUCCCUCACCGCUCUGCCUUUCCCUCACUGCUCUGCCUUUCCUUUCUGGCCCUCCAACAUGGUGACCCUCAUGCACCUCCUUCAUCUGACCUUAGGCAUAGGGGCAGGGCAGAGAAUUACUUUCACUUUUCAUUGAGCAGUCACUUCCCCUCCACACCAUCUAAUUGUGUAGC